UUUUAAUUUAUGAAGACAAUACUUAGAUGGUAAGCACUAUUGGCACGUGGGAGUGAAAUUUGUCUGUUUGUCUUCCACCACCUCUCAACAAACAAGAGAGGCGCCAACACGUUGUCACCACGCUAUACCACUUUUGCAUAAUCCAAAUUAUUCAGAUUGGAAUUGUAAUUGACAAUUGACUCCCUUAAUUCAAGGAGAAAAAAACUAAUUAAAUUCUUAAGAAAUUAAAUAAAAUAAAAAAGAUAAAAUGCUGAAGUGAAUUUAGAGUGGCCCCACAGCUGUCUCACAUGCGAACCGAGUGAGGUGUGUCAGACAAUGGCCCCACCACUCUCCACCCCCUUAUUUGCUGGCCGCAACUCUUUCCAACUGUAGCAUUCUUUUUUUCCAAAAUUUUCAAACUUUCUGCCGCCGCGCGUGAUACUACUCGCCCAUGCCCUUCUACCUUGGCCGCCUCCCUAGGGUUCCAUAUUCCCACUUCCCGCUCAAAGCGUCAAUAGUGAUUCUCUAUUUUUUCACAUUAUAAAAACCACUUCUCACCUCUCCCAUUUUCCCUCUCUAAAAACUGCCCCUCUCUCUCUCUCUCACACACACACACACACACACACAGUCACUCUGUGCUGGGACCUUUCCACCAUUUAAGAAGUGGUGGCUAUAAUUAAACCUUCAGGAAGCAGCAAACUCACCAUAAUCCUCCAUUUACUUUUCGUAAUACAGGCCUAUAUAUAUAUAUAUAUAUAUAUCUAAGUUUGGCUCGGUAUCUGCAUCUUCAGUCUGUUGUUAUGGCGCAGGAUUUGGAUGAUUUGGAGUUUUUGUUGCCGUCGGAGUUACUCACCGACGAUGACCUGCUAACCGACUUCAAAAUCGACUCUCUGAAAACUAGGGGAAUCAAUGAUUUUCCGUUUGGAUUUGGAAACUCUUUCGGUUUUGACUCGGAUCUGAGUUCACCAGUUGAGUCAGUCACUGGCACAGAGAGCGACGAAUCUGAUUUCGUCACCGAGUUAAGCCAGAAGGUUUCUAACUCAACUCUGCAGGACCCUGAGUACACAGCAAAGGGUUUGAAGCUUUCAAGUUCUCCCAAAUCAACUCUGUGCGGCUACAAACCCGGUUCGAGAGGUAGCCCGAACUCUGUUUCCGGUGUUUCUUCUCCUCCGGAUGCUAACGACGCCAUCCAGUUGGAGUUGCUUUACGCCGCUGCAGGCGAGGUUGCGAGGCUGCAAUUGAUUGAAGAAACGGCGGCGUUUUACUCCGGAAAUUUCUUCGCACCGCCUCCCAAACGCAGCCCUGUCACCCUACCGCAGCCGAAUCCGAAUCUGGCUUCGGGUUUUUACCAUAAUCAACCCCAAAAACAAGCCCGAUUUACCUAUGAGCAGUUGCAAGCAGCAAAGUUUCGGCAGAUGAAGCAAUAUCAGAUGAUGAACAACUGGGAGCAGGGGAUUGUGGACUACCAGCUACAAAACAGGAGGAAUGGCGGAGGGCAAAAAUGUCAAAGUUUAUCACCGGCGGCGUGGCCUACUCUGCAACAAUCACAUCACCAACAAGGUUCUGGUAUGAGGGCAGUUUUUCUAGGAGAAAAUGUGUUGAAAAAAGAACGAGUAGGAACCGGUGUUUUCAUGCCUAGAAGAUUUUGUUCAAACCCCACCGAUACACCCAAAAAAACAGCUGGGUGUUCAACAGCUUUACUACCAGAGAAAGUAGUCCACAGAAAUAUUAGACCACACCCAGUUAUGAAGCAAGAAUUUAGUCUUCCUCAGGAGUGGACUUACUAAUGUUCUACAGAGAUUUGCUGAUAAUUUUGGUGAUUAGAAGGAGAAGAAGAAAGUAAAGUGUGUUUAGUGGAUUUAUUAUUAUUAUUAUUUUAUUAUUAUAGUUGGUAGUGAUUUGUUUUGCGAGAGGUUGAUUGGUGGUAGUAGUAAUUAAGUAGAUGAUGAUGAAAAAUAAUAAUGUUUUGCUUAGAAGAAAAGGAACAGGUUGUUUGGGGUAGGAUGGGUAAUAAAAUUGCCAUUUGUUGGUCAAAAGGGACAAUACUAUAGGUGCUUUAUUCCAAUUCCAAUUCGGAAUUGGAAUAAUGAAUUAUGAAAUAAGUUUUAAGGGGAAUUUAAUUUUUAUAAGGAAGGAUUUGUUUUAGGUAAAUCAGUGAUUUGGAAUACUGUUUUGGCUUGAAAUUCCAGCACUGUUUUCUAUAAUUAGAUUUAUUAUUUCUUUUUAUUAGUUGUAUGAAGUGAUUGUCUCUUUGUACUCCAGCAGUUAAUAGAUAUAUGAAAAUCUCCAUAUUUUUUUUUUA